GACACCGAGAGGCACGUUGUCUCGUCCUCUAGAGAAAGAACUCUGUCCAAAAAGUCGCUAGUUUGUCACUAGUCACCUUUUUGAAUAAUAGGGGUCUUAAAUCUAGUGUCAAAGGAAGCUGAAAACGCUGCGUUUCCAGCGUUGCGCUCUUUUAAUAUUUUGAGCCUCUUCGCCUUCCGUAAUGAAAGAUGCUCGGCUUGUUUGUUCACCUCUGGUUACUCCUCGUAUCUGUUAAAGCUCAUAGGCUGGUGGGUGGUCAGUGGAGUCGGACCAUGGGCGGAAUUAGAGGAAAUUCUGAACUGGUUGGAGACCUAGUUCUGGUGCCAUCGUUUUCUACAGUCGCUGUCUCUGGUCAGACAUGGAGAGAGUCGUCAUUGUGACCGGUGCCAACAGCGGCAUCGGCUUGGCCCUGUGUGAGAGGCUGCUGACUGAGGACAGCCAGCUUCGACUGUGUCUGGCCUGCAGAAACAUGCAGCGGGCUGAGGCCGCCCGCGCCACCCUGCUGACCUCGCACACCAGUGCCCAUGUUGACUUAUUACACCUUGAUGUGGGCUCUGUACAGUCAGUACUGAGUGCAGCUCAGGAGGUUAAGACCAGAUACAAGAGAAUUGACUUUCUGUAUCUAAAUGCAGGAAUUAUGCCUAAUCCACAAGUGAAUGUCAGAGCUUUUUUCAAGGGGUUGUUCUCCAGGAAUGUCAUCAACAUGUUCGUGACAGCAGAGGGUCUCUUAACUCAACAGGACUGCAUUAACUCAGACGGUCUGCAGGAAGUUUUUGCCACCAACCUGUUUGGUCAUUUUCUCAUGAUCAGGGAGCUGGAGCCUCUGCUGUGUCAGGCAGGUCACAUGUCCAGGUUGGUGUGGACGUCCUCAAGUAAUGCCUGCCGUUCAGUCUUCAGCAUCGAGGACAUGCAGCACAGAAACGGGAAAGAGCCCUACAGCUCCUCAAAGUAUGCUUCAGACAUGCUCAGCGUGGCGCUCAACCGACACAUGAACAGCCAGGGGCUGUUCUCCACUGUAACAUGUCCAGGAGUGGUGAUGACUAAUCUGACCUAUGGUAUCCUGCCCUCAUUCUUCUGGACUUUCAUCAUGCCCAUCAUGUGGCUGAUUAGGACCUUCACGAACACAUUCACACUUAAACCAUACAACGGAGCAGAGGCACUGCACUGGCUGUUUUUUCAAAACCCAGAGUCUCUGGAUCCAAGAGCGAAGUAUCACAGUUUAACAUCUGGAUUUGGAAGGAACUACACUCAGCCUCGACAAAUGGAUAUCGAUGAUGAAAUGUCCGAUGUCCUUUACGAGAAACUUCUUGAACUCGAGAAAGUAGUUCGAAGGAAACUGAAUGAGCAAAAUGCAAAUAACAAAGCUCAAUAGAUAUGGGUCUGUUAGAAUGGAAUUUUUUUUUAAAGUAUUACAUUUUUCUCUGAUGCAGCAUUGUUGACACAGCCAUUAAUGAUCUUCUCAUCUUAUUUCAGAAAACUUUGUGGGACAAUGUUCCCAUCGCACAGCAGCACUGUCAGCAUCAGAGUGCAAAUUUAAAGAAACAUUUUAUUCCUUCUCAUAUGCCCAUUCUGGAUUACAACACUUAAGAAUGAUAUUUAUUUUUGUUAAUUAUUUGAAUUAAACCCAGUGAUAGACUGGCAGCCUGUCCAGGGUGCACCCCGCCUC